GCCCGAUUGGCCCGCUCGCCAUGUUGCGUCCGCACAGAAGAAUGAUCAUCAUUAUUCAUCAGCGAUAUGCGAAUCAUGUCGGCGGCACGAACAUAGAGUCAUCGCGGGAGACUUUCGGCAAGGCUCGACAGUCACAGACUCUGCGUGGAGAAGGCCACGCCAGCCGUUUAAUGACUGCCGCCAGCGAAGUUCGUGAAGUAUCCCAUAUCGACGAACAAACCUUCGGAGGACAGCACUGGCUUCGCUCCUGCUUCCGAGAUUCAACCCGUAGACUCCCCAUCAAGUUCAUGGUCUCGCACUACCAACGCCCUAGCUCUGCUGCUAACUCUCCUCGUGCUCCUUUCUGUGCCAGUGUCAAGCAACCUCAGCGCAACUGACUAUGCUGUGCUAAGUCAUGCGAUGUGUCCGCAGUCAGCUGCCCUGUUUCCGGAUAAGCACGUGGCGCUCUGGCAGAGCUUGCAGUCGACAUUCAAAAGCGAUGCGUUCUUGCACGAAACUGUGAGCCUGCUCUCCGGGGCCGUACAGAUUCCGACGCAGACAUUUGAUGACAUGGGAACGGUUGGCGAAGACGCUCGCUGGGAGCCAUUCAAUCGCUUUCGUGAGUAUCUUCUGUCCUCCUUCCGCAUCCUCACCCAUAACACAGCUGAAAUGGUCAAGGUGAACACUUAUGGACUUGUUUACAUUUUGAAGGGAUCAGACGAGCACAUCAAGCCUCUGCUCUUAACGGGCCACUCUGAUGUUGUUCCCGUCAAUCCCGAUACAUAUGAUACCUGGACGCCUCCUCCUUUUUCAGGAUUCUACGACGAUAAUAAGGCAGGAAAGUAUCUUUGGGGGCGGGGCAGCAUGGAUGACAAAGCAAGUUUGAUCGGCAUUCUGACUGUCAUUGAGACCUUGUUGGGAAGAGACUUCAAGCCUGCUCGAACUCUUGUGUUGGCAUUCGGUUUCGACGAAGAGAUCAAUGGAGUUCAGGGUGCCUCCUCGAUCGGCGAAUAUCUCUUGUCCAGGUUCGGUGAAAAUUCGUUCGCAAUGCUACUUGACGAAGGAGGCGUGAUCUUGGACCAGUACGGUGGAACGUUCGCAUUCCCUGCUAUAGCGCAAAAAGGUUACUUCGACAUGCGUAUCGAGGUCAAUGCUCCAGGAGGACACUCAAGCGUACCUCCAGUCCACACGACUAUUGGCAUGCUGGCGGCGAUGCUCGUGCGAUAUGAGAACAACCCCAUGAAGUUACUGUUCCGGCGAGACUCACCAAUGUAUAUUCACGCUCAAUGUCUCGCCGCACACGGGCCGAGGUUCCCUGUGUCAAUGCGCGAGGCAUUACAAAAGUCGAUAACCUCGGACAAGGCGCUGCGCCGCGCAGAAGGGAUGUUGUUGAAGAUCCGUUCAUUCAAGGCUCUGGUCAGUACGACACAGGCCGUAGACGUCAUCAACGGUGGAGUCAAGUCAAACGCACUUCCCGAGAAUGCGAUGGCGAUCGUCAACCACCGGAUAGCCGCCGACAGCUCAGUAGACGAAGUGAAGCAGCACGCCACUCAGCUCCUAAAAGAUCUUGCUGCCGAGUUCAACCUCUCAUACAAUGCUUUUGACACGAACAUAUUUAACGACGGGGCAAGCUAUGGCAAUUUAACUCUCAGCGAUGCAUGGGGGAUGGGGUUCGAGCCUGCGCCGAUCACCCCGACUGGCGUCGAUGACGUGCCAUUUCAACUGUUGUCCGGUACUAUCAAAGCCACACAUAUGUCUCACCGCUCGCUCUUGCAGGACAAUAUUACUGUCAGCCCUAGUCUGCUCUCUGGAAUGACAGGUCCUUCGUACUACCUGAAGCUCGCACCCCACGCGUUUCGCUAUAUUCAUUAUGACGCAGGUAACGGGGCCGAGAUGUAAGUGUACAUGGUGUGAACGAAGCCCUGAAUAUCGAAAAGUAUAUGGAACUCUUCUUGUUCUACGCGACGUUGAUAUUAAAUGCCGACGAGUCG